AUAAAAUUGUUCAAUAAAUUAUCCACUGAUUCCAUUUGAUUCCCAUAAUAAUUCAGGUUUUUUUCAUUAGCAGAAGCUGCAGUUUUCUUUCAGAAUGCUGUUUUAUUUUGCUUUAGCAGCUGUAGCAGCGGUGGCAUUAGCUGAAAAUCCUGCUGAAGAAAUUUGCCCUGCAAUAGGGUUCUUAACAUGUGCUCCUCUAGUAAUAGGAAAAUUGCCUGAAGAUAACAGAUUGGCCGAAAAUGAAAAAGACUUGGAAAAAUAUUGUGACGUUAUGAAACCCUAUUUGAAGUGUGUGCUAGAGCAUGGCAAAGAAUGCCCUAACUAUUCAAAAAGCUCUUAUUAUCAAGUUUAUGAACAACAAUUUGAGAUAUUUUCUAGAACUUGCGAUAAGGGUGAUGAUCUUAGAAAGAGUUUGUUAAAUAAUGCCAAAUGUCUAAAUGAACAUAGACAUCAUACCGAAAAGAAAUGCGGAGAAUUGUUAGUGUUUCAAGACGAAAUGACCAAGGAAGUCUGCGAAGAACAGAAGCGAAGGUUUGAAUGCGCUUUCGAAGACAUCGGCAAACACUGUGGAAAGGCAGCUUCAGAAUUUAUGAGAGAACUUACAGCACCACUGACCAAAUUUUUGAACAAGAACUGCGAUAAUGUUCAAAUUGUAAACAUAGAUAUGUUACGAAGUAUGUCUCUUGGUCUGUACUAAAGAAAAACAUUAUGUUUAAGCUAAAUAAAUGUGUAAACUUGAUUUGAAAAUAAAUGAUCGCAAAACGCUAA